AAAGAAUCAAACGAUGACCUUUCAUUUUCUCCGUAACUUCCUCUUUCAGACAUACUGAAUUUCUGUGCCAACAACUACCUCGGCCUGUCCAGUCAUCCAGAUGUGGUGCAGGCCGGGAUCGAUGCCCUGAAGACCUACGGUGCUGGACUGAGCUCCGUCAGAUUCAUCUGUGGGACACAGGAUCUGCACAAACAUCUGGAGCAGAAGCUCGCAGAGUUUCACGAGAGGGAAGACUGCAUCCUCUACGCCAGCUGCUUUGAUGCCAACGCUGGGCUGUUUGAGGUUAUGUUGGGCCCGGAUGACGCAGUGCUGUCUGAUGAGCUAAACCACGCCUCCAUCAUCGACGGGAUCCGUCUGUGUCGAGCAAAGAGGCUUCGCUACAAACACAUGGACCUCGGUGAUCUGGAGACAAAGCUCAGGGAGUCACAGUCGUCUCGUAUGCGCCUGGUCGUGACAGACGGCGUCUUCUCCAUGGACGGAGACGUGGCUCCUUUAGAGGGAAUUUGUGACCUGGCUGAACAGUACGGAGCCAUGGUGUUCAUCGACGAAUGCCACGCCACUGGCUUCCUGGGGCCGCGGGGCAGAGGGACGGACGAGCUGCUGGGAGUGAUGGACAGAGUUCACAUUGUGAACUCCACCCUGGGGAAAGCACUGGGUGGAGCAGCAGGUGGCUACACAGUUGGUCCGAAGCCCCUCAUUGACCUGCUGAGGCAGCGCUCACGGCCGUAUCUGUUCUCCAACUCCCUCCCCCCUCCUGUGGUGGGCUGCGCCACCCGGGCUGUGGAGCUGCUGCUCGCCUCCAAUGAGAUCGCACAGAGCAUGACGGCCAAAACCAUGAGGUUCAGGAACAAAAUGACCCAGGCUGGUUUCACCAUCUCGGGCUCGGCUCACCCGAUCUGUCCUGUGAUGCUGGGCGACGCGCGGCUGGCGUCUCUGAUGUCCGACGACAUGCUGAAGCUGGGAGUGUAUGUGAUUGGAUUCUCUUACCCGGUCGUACCAAAGGGCAAAGCCAGAAUCCGUGUUCAGAUUUCUGCAGCCCACACAGACGAAGACAUCGAUCGCUGUGUGGACGCUUUCAUCCAGACGGGCAGGAAGCACGGCGUCGUCUCCUGAGAUGGACAGACGAGCGAGAAUCAGCUGUUACCAUAGAAACCGUGAAGCGUCUGCCCCUGCAGACCCUGCUGCCUGUUACUAGAGACCUGUGAAUGAUUGUGAUGGAUAUAUUGGUUACAGAGGUUUAUGUUGUGUAUGUGUGUGCCUCUCUCAAUAAAGCACUUUUGCUAACAUGUGUAGGUGUGUAUUUAAAA